AUGAUCGUCUUCGAGGUACUUACCGGAGAUACGCCAUGGUCGGGCCUCAAUCAGAUGCAAAUCAUGAUGCAGGUGUGCAUUCAGAAGGACCGCCCGAAGAUCGACGGCGACGCGCCCGCGGACCUCGUCGCGUUGAUGCAGAGGUGCUGGGCGCCCGAGCCCGACGCUCGACCCUGCUUCGCCGACAUCAAAGCCGAGCUCCGCGGCGGCCCCGAUACUCCUGCGAAGUGA